CCUUUUUGGACCGCUUCUCGAGGCGCGAUAUAUCAAGAAGGGAUUACCAUGGCGGUUUCCACUCAUCGUCCAUCUUUGACACAUAGUUGGCCUUGUUUGCAGUACCAUUUUAAGCUAUGGCGAAAGGCAACCAGUAUGCCUGGUAUGUGUGUAUGGUAGUCGCGAUGACAAUGAUUCUGUAUGGAUAUGACUCUUCAACGUUCAAUGCUGUUCAAGGGUCUAAGAACUGGGUUAAAUACUUCCACAAGCCCUCACCAAGCGUCGUCGGAUCCAUCAACACAGCCUAUAAUGUUGGCGGCAUCGUCGCUGGUGUGUUUAUGUCGUCACCCAUUUCAGACUACUUUGGUCGACGCUGGGCCAUAAUCACUGGAUGUGUAGUUGUCAUCAUUUCGACUUUCAUCUCUACGUUUACGCCGCGCAACAUUGGUGGCUUCAUCGCUGGACGCGCGAUUGUCGGAAUCGGACAAGGUAUCGCUCUUCCAGCUGGGCCUACUUACAUUAGCGAGAUCGCGCCUGCUGAGAGUCGAGGCAAGAUCAUGAGUUUUUGGCAAAUGAACUUUAGUGUCGGUAGUUUCUUGGCUUACUGGAUCAACUUUGCAUGUAGCAAGAAUUCGGCAAAGCUUGGUGACUGGGACUGGAAGACUGUUCAGCUUUUGCAGUUGCUGGCACCCGUAAUAAUCAUCGUGGCCAUCUCCUUCUGCCCGGAAAGCCCAAGAUGGUUAGUGAAGAACGAUCGUUUGGAGGACGCCGUCAAAGCGCUGUCAGCAGUUCGAGACGAUCCUGAAGUCGUCCAACAAGAGAUCAGCGACAUCACACGAGCAUUGCAGUUUGAGAAGGACGAGAUCUCUUCCGGAUAUGCCGCGUUGUGGAAGGACAAGUCCAUUAGAAAGAGAUUGUUGCUCUGCAUUCUCCUCAACGUCGGGCAGCAGCUUACCGGACAAGGAUCGCUCAACAACUACUCCACUAAGAUUUACCAAUCCGUCUUCAGCGAUAACAGCACUAUUCAGCUAAUUAAUGCUCUUAACGGUACCUUUGGUAUCCUCUUCACGCUCAAUGCCACUUGGACAGUCGACCGAUUCGGUCGCCGAUGGCUGCUACUUGUCGGUGCGGUCGGCAUGGCUGUCUGCAUGUUGACCGCAGCCGCAGUAGUUACGGAAACACCGGGCACCUUGAGUACAGGGAAGCCUAGAGGCGUCGGUAUCGCCACUGUCUUCCUGAUGUUUUUAUUCGCAUUCUUCUUCAAGCCCUCGUGGGGCGCGACCGUCUGGAUCUGGACAGGGGAAAUUUUCAGCAUGAACGUGCGUAAUCAAGCCAUCGCUAUCUCGUCGCAAGCCCAGAAUGUGGCAAAUGUCUGCCUACAACAAGCUUUUCCGAUCUUUCUCGCAAACGAGGGUUUCUAUGCCAUGUACAUGUUUGGCGCUAUUAAUGUUGUUCUCUUCGCUUACGUUUGGUUCUUUAUCGUGGAGACUAAGAACGUCGAAAUCGAGGCAAUGGACGUUUUAUUCGGAGGCGUGAACCACGUCGACAAUGCUGAGCUCAGCAAGGGCGCCGUCGAGCAGCUUGAGGUUGCGACUGCAACGACUUUGGUUAUGGAAGAGCCGAAGUCAAAAGUUUGAAACCAUUGAAGCAUUGUGGGCCUGACCCGGGUGAAUUACAGCACAGAGCGCAAGAGAUUCAGGAUAGUUAGCCUCGGCUUACGCUUUCGUGUACACUUAUGCAUCAUGAGGAGGAAGAGGAGGUAGUAAUGCUGGCAUAUGCUAUGGAGAUAUAUGAGGUAGUAACAAGAGAGGACUUAGGGAGUAAAACAGACUUUGUUCCUUUCUACUCUGAUGUUCAAUACGUCUCCGUACAUUUAUCGAGGCUUUCAGAGGGCUUUAGCCCCCCUGAAGAAAAUAGUAUGCUCAACCGUC